CACGUGCAGAAAUUUUUGAAUUUUCAAGUGUUUCUGGAUAUGCUAAAUGUUAAUUUCAGCAAAAGGAUUUCGGAUAAUAAGUGAAAACGCUACAGUGUUUCUACGAAAAAUAAGAAUUCCAUUGCUCUCGUUAUUUUGUCUCUACGGAAACUCCCAGAUGUCGUGUCCCGAUGAUACAUUUUAUAACAAGGAAACAGGAAACUGCACAGAAUGUCAACCAGGGUAUAUUGGAUCAAAAUGUUCCAUACCGUGUCGAUAUCCUAACUAUGGUCAUGACUGCCAAUAUAAAUGCAUAUGUGUGCAGGAGUUCUGCAAUCACAUUUUUGGAUGCAUUAAGGAUAUACAAAAAAACGGGGAAUCCAAAGAUAGCAACACCAUCAUCAUAGUGGUAACAGUUAUUGGAAUCAUUCUCAUUAUCAUCGCUUUCAUCAUCAUCUCUAUAGCAAACAGAAGAUUCUUCACCAGGCACAUCAGGCAAAACGCCCACCAUGUUGGCACCAUAAUGGCUGAACAUACGGGAAACACAUAUAACCCUCAUUUACACCCUUCACAAGAAUAUUCAAGACCUGAUGAAACCUGUACACCGACCGACAACGGAGUGUAUGUGUUGGCAAAUACACUUCGAUACGAAAAUAUCAGUGUUCAGUAAUGAAUAUUGUUUAUGUUGAUUUCUUUUAGUCACCAAGAACAUAUG